AUGUCUUCCGGCAUCUACAGGCUACUGCACUUCGUGUCCACGAACCGCGAACGGUAUCAGAAUAACAAAGGAAUGGCAGAUGGCGACAAGACACCACCUUACGAGCCAUCGAUCCUGCUAAUCGUCGCUGGUGGUACAAUUUGCAUGCAAGACUCGGAAGAUGGCCUGGUCACCAGUAAAUUGUUUCUCGACGAAGUGCUCAGCCCACGGCCCAUGUUCAACGAUGGCACACCGGUCCCUGUGCAGAAAAUCAUAGAUGAGCACGGCAUCGAACGUGAUGCGCCAAGUCUGCGGUUGCCGCGUGACCGAAAUGGCGCGAAUGUACGAUGCACCGUACUGGAGUUCAACCCACUGCUCGACAGCUCCACCGCACAUUCACCAACGUGGAACCAGCUCACAAGGACUAUCCGCUCGAACGAGGAUAAUUACGAUGCAUUCGUUAUCUGCCACGGAACCGACACCCUCAGCUACACAUCCGCUGCGCUGUCCUUCAUGCUGAUGCCAAACCUGGAGAAGACCGUGGUCCUGACUGGCGCCCAACGCAGCAUGUUCUUCGCAGACAGCGACGGCUCCGACAACCUCCUCGGAUCCAUCGUCCUAGCCUCGCAUCUCCGCAUUCCAGAGGUCUGCGUCUACUUCGGCCACAAACUCCUCCGCGGCACACGAAUCACCAAAAUCAGCGCGUCCAGCUACUCUGGCUUUGAAAGCCCCAACGCAGGUCCCCUAGCCACAGUCUCCGAGACAGGCAUCACAGUCCACUACGACAACCUCCUUCACCCGGACGAGGAGCAUCUCAAGAAGACAACCAAGACCUUCAACGAGAUUGACAGCAGUAAAGUCCUAGUCCUCAAGGUCUGGCCCGGCAUCACCGCGGAUGUGGUGGAGUGUAUGCUCUCCCCCUCCCACAUCCGCGGCGCAGUCCUAGAGACUUUCGGGGCUGGUAACAUUCCCUUCGACGUGAUCCCGGCGCUCAAGUCUGCUGUCCAGCGCGGCGUCGUGAUCGUAAACGUAACCCAAUGCCUCCACGGCAGUGUCAGUGACGCCUACGAGCCAGCGAGGAAACUGGUCGAGGCGGGAAUCAACUUAGGCUAUGACAUGACUACUGAAGCUGCGUAUACGAAACUAGUCUACUUGCUUGCGCAAGGGCACACAUCGGCGGAAGUUGCGGCGAAGGUCUCGACGAAUAUCAGAGGGGAGUUGACGCCGCCGCAGGCUGCUGAUGUGCGGAAGGGGCCAUUGAGUAUUGCGGAGUUGCCGAUCAGGUAUGAGAGGACUGUGCCUGGGAGGCUUUCUGUGGAUUAUGGCACUACGCAUGGGAGUAUUGGGAAUGUCAAGUGA